GUUAUUCAGCAAGAUCUGGAUCCGGCUGAUCCGGCCUACUGGGAGAAGCUGCUGCGGCAUCACUUUGAGCAGGCCCAAGAGGAUCAGGCGCGCAGUCUGGGCAAGGGAAAACGCAUCCGCAAGAAGGUCAAUUACUCCACCAAUCAGGAAGACGAGGAGGAGUGGAAUGAGGCGAUGAGUGAUCAUGACAGCAACUUUUCUACUAAGGUGUCUCCUGGCUUUUUCUCCAUUCUGCCCGUUUUACUAAGAUUGCAAAUGCACAAACGAGUAGUCUUGUAA